AUCCCACUUCCGGUAGGUGCCUUCCGAGUUGCUGGCUUCACGCGUACUGGCAGCUAGAUGGUAUCGAAAGACGUGGAAAGUUAGAAAUUGAUAGUUAACAUAUGACACAAAAUUCUUAGUAGAAUGAAUGGAACAGCAUACUCAAACUUUGACAAUCAAGAACAUGUUCUCAAAUUAGGGGAAACUUUUGAGAAACAACCAAAAAGUGCCUUCCAUACGGUACGAUAUGACUUCAAACCGGCCUCUAUAGACACUACAUGCGAAGGGGAGCUAGAAGUGGGCAAAGGAGAGCAAGUGACUAUAACACUGCCUAACUUGGAGGGGUCCACUACACCAGUUACAGUGUUUAAAGGGUCCAAGAGACCUUACAUGAAAGAGUGCGUUCUUAUCGUUAACCAUGACACGGGAGAGUAUCGUCUGGAGAAGCUGAACAGCAACAUUGCAGUCAAAAAGACCAGGGCGGAGGGUAGCAGUAAGAUCCAGUCCCGCCUGGAGCAACAGACCAGCAGGCUCAGUCAGCAAAUGAAGGGCAGUAGCGGAUGGAGGGCACCAGCGGCCUCCAGGAGCUCCCCGCCUAAAGAGAAGCUGUCGCCCGCGUCCCCCAUGGAUGACAUCGAAAGAGAGCUCAUGGCUGAGGCGCAAGUAAUGGAUCAGAUGAGCAGUGGGGACAGCUCGUCAGACUCCCGGACCUCCUCCAGCAGCGAGGACAGUUCCAGCAGCAGUGACUCGGAGGACGAUGCCCGGCCUUCCGCAGGCGGCCCCCGAGCGGUGCCGGCCCCUGGCCACAGCAUGCCCGUCCUGCCCCCUCACCAUCGCAUGGAGGAGGGGGGCGGACACCUCAUGAGCACGCUCAAAAGUGACCUUCAGUUGAGCGAGUCCGGAAGCGAAAGCGAUGAUGACUGAAUGGAGGUAUGUUCAGCCACACUCCGGAAGCCGAGGAAUGGAAUAGGAUCGGGGUAAUCGGGAAUUACCCUGGCUCUAACUCUCUGAAAUCGGAAUUUUAAUUACCCAUCACUUUUCAUUUGUUAAACGUUUCCUUUCUUCUUGUCUUUCAAACAGCAAUCUUUUGUCAACAUCCGAAGUGCCAUCUGGUUGACGAGUUGUGAGAAGUCUAUAUGUUAGUAAAUUGAAUUAUUUAUUUUCUUAAAUGUUAACGUGUAGGUCCUAGUUGUAUUGGUCUCGUCUGUGUCCUGUUUCAGGUACUGUGGUCGGUUGUUUUAGCCCUGAAUGAUUGAGUAGCUGUCAUACAUGGCCUUAAGUCACGCCAGUGCAUUGCUUGAAACUGGACACACUAGUGAGCUGUUACAUUAGUCUUAAUUUCAAGUUCAGUAAUGAAACGUAUCCGCGAUUCAAGCCAAUUUUCAGCCUGUGAUACUUGAAUAUUUCUGUCUUAUUCCUAGUUGCGACAAACGUGCUUGAAGCGCGUGUGUUGCUUUGACGCGUCCAUAGGAGAUGCUUUUGAUCAGUGAUAAUCCCACACAAAGUAGCCGAUGUUUAUACAUUUAUAAAGAAUGCCUUUUGCUUUCCGGUAUGGUUUAUCUGACUUGCCGGAGAGCACAGGAGCAGUGUUCGGAAUUUAAGCCGGUCUCUAAUCAGUUCUACAGCCACACAGUUAAGAGUCUGUCAUUUGUUAGAGCCUUGAAGAUACAUGUACGUGUGCUGCUAUGGAAAGGGUUUGAACAUUAAAUGUGUGUGUAGAACAAUAAAGGUUUGAAAUGUU